GCAUAUCCAGCACAUCGGUUGGGAUCCCAACAGUGGAUUUGAUGUGAAUAACUUGGAUCCUGACUUGAAAACGCUCUUCUCCCGUGCGGGAAUCAGCGAGGCCCAGCUGACUGAUGUGGAGACCUCCAAGAUUAUCUAUGACUUCAUUGAAGGCCAAGGAGGGCUGGAGGCUGUGAAGGAGGAGCUAAGAAGGGAAGGUCCGACGCAUCCCCCCCCCCCCCCCCCCCCACCACCGCCUCCUCCCCCACCGCCUCCCCCACCUCCCUUCCAGAGCUCUGGACCGUGUCCUCCACCCCCUCCCCUCCCCGGAACGCUGGGUUCCACGGGGACACCACCUCCUCUUCCUCCCUCCUCGGGGCGUGGCGCACUGCUGGAUCAAAUACGCCAAGGAAUACAACUCAAUAAGACGCCUGACACGUUGGACACUCCACCACCACCCGCCGAAAGCGAGGAAGGCCUGGUAGGGGCUCUCAUGCAUGUGAUGCAGAAGAGAUGCAAGGUCAUCCACUCCUCAGACGACGACGAAGAUAAUGGAGUUGAAGACGACGACGACGAAUGGGAGGACUGAGGGUGUCUGGCACCGAAAGCCCCCUUCCUGCAAACUGGUUGUUGUCUGAAUGGCUGUAGGCAUUUCAGUGUGUUGCUCUUUCGUCACCGGCAUCCCAAAACCCGUUUCCCUACCUCAUCUGGCAAUCUGUGCAGACUCUCUGUGAUCCAGCCGCGUACUGCUUAUUCUCUUAGGCGCACCUGGACGCCUUGGACAGUUUUAGAAUGUGAGGCUGUAACCCUAAAUCUUUUCACACCUUUGUUCUUGAAAAUACCAUAGAUAAUCUUCGGCUUCUAACUUUCUAAAGGUCAUAUUAUCUUUCAGCCAACCCCUUCAUUGCCUUUUCUUUCUCCUAGCCAUAUAAUCGUGACUUUUUUUUUUUUAAGCGGUUCCCUUUUUGAGGCCAACGCACAGGUAGGAAGAAGUCUGGAAUGUAAAGAGAAGCCCCUGUCAUAUAAGGCAACCCGUGCUUUGUUAACUCGUGCAGAAAUCCUAGCUGUCUCAAUUCUUUGCACCUUUCUUUCUUUUGCUAAGCACGUUUCCUCUUGCUUUUACCGUGGGAAAAAAGCAAUCUUCAAGCUUUAAGACGGGGAUUACCUGUUUACCUUCAAACCUGGCUAAACGCUUUGAUUGUGGCGCGAUCCCAGAGGAAGGAAGCCACAGAACCUUCCCACCGCGUUCGGUUGGUGCCAUCGUGGAGAAAUAUGUGCUGUGAAUUAAAGUAUUUUGAAUGUACCUACUGGCCAAAACAUUAGAGUCAAAAACAAUUUAGAAGAUGGCAAACCAACAAGUAGCUAUCCCAAUUACUUAUGAAUGGCCUUCAGACUCCUUCAGAGGAUUCUUUCAGUCUUUCAGUGUUCCUUCAACAACAGCACUUGUAGAAGGAACACUGAAAAAAAUAACAGAUUCCCCCAGAAAAAAGCCCUUUGGCG